AUGGCUUCCCCGACGGGUCUCCAGCAGCUUCAUUUUGUCCUCAUUCCCUUGAUGUGCCCAGGUCACCUUAUCCCAAUGGUAGACAUGGCCAGGCUCCUGGUAGAACAUGGUGUAAUGGUUACUUUAAUUACCACACCUCUCAACGCCAUUCGAUUUGAAGCGAUCAUCAAUCGUGACAUUCAAUCUGGUCUCCCAAUCCGAAUUCUGAAACUCAGAUUUCCUUGUGUUGAGGCUGGAUUGCCAGAGGGCUGCGAGAAUAUGGAUGCUCUUCCCUCGCCAAAAUUGUCCAAGAAUUUCUUUGAUGCAGCUAGGGUGUUGCAGCAGCCAAUCGAGAAGUUCUUGGAAGAGACAAGUCCAGCCCCGAAUUGCAUUAUUUCUGAUAGAUAUCUUCCUUGGACGAUUUAUACUGCUAGUAAGAUUGGAAUCCCUCGGCUUGCUUUUGAUGGCACAAGUUGCUUUGCUUUUAUGUGUUCAUAUAAUAUAAAGUCGUCCAGGAUUCAUGAGAAGGUUUCUGAUUCAGAGUACUUUGUGGUGCCUGGUUUGCCGGAUAGGAUUGAAGUAACUAAAGCUCAGCUACCCGGUACUCUGAAUGCAGGCUCAGUGACCUUCAAAGAUAUGCUCGACGAAAUAAAAGCAGCAGAUGAGGCAUCAUAUGGGUUGGUAUUUAAUUCUUUUCAAGAAUUGGAAGAAAGAUAUGUUGAAGAAUGUAGAAAGGUAAAAGGAGAUAAAGUUUGGUGCGUUGGGCCCGUAUCACUAUGCAACAAGGACAACAUAGAUAAGGGGCAAAGAGGUAACAAGACCUCAAUUGAUGAGAAAGAAUGCUUGAAAUGGCUCAAUUCAUGGCCAUCAAAGUCUGUAGUUUAUGCCUGUCUUGGAACCCUUGGUUGCAUGUCACCUCUGCAGCUAAUCGAACUGGGACUAGCCUUAGAAGCAUCGAAGCGGCCGUUUAUAUGGGUUAUAAGAGAUGGUGUCAAUUCAAAUGAAUUUGAGAAACUUUUUUAUGAAGAAGGAUUGGAGAGAAGAACAAAAGAUAUAGGACUAAUUAUUCGAGGGUGGGCACCGCAAGUAUUGAUUUUGUCACAUCCGGCCAUUGGAGGAUUUUUGACACACUGUGGGUGGAAUUCUAUACUAGAAGGAGUUUCAGCUGGUUUGCCAAUGAUGACAUGGCCUUUGUUGGCGGAGCAGUUUUUCAACGAGCAGUUUGUUUUGCGGAUAUUAAGAAUUGGUGAGAAGGUGGGGGCUAGCAUUGUUAUGAACCGGGGAGAGGAAAAGCAGUGUGGAGUGAUGGUGAAGAGAGAGGGAAUAAGGAAAGCAAUACAGAUGGUAAUGGAUGAAGAAGAAGGUAAAGAGAAGAAAAAGAGAGCAAAAGAGCUUGGAGAGAUGGCAAACAAGGCAUUAGAAGGUGGGGAAUCUUCUUACAGGAAUAUUAAGUUGUUAAUUGAAGAUAUUCUGAAUCAAUCGAAGAGCAAAAAAAAAGGUGGGCAGAGAGUGACUCAUGAAGAGGGCUUCAAUAAAGCAUCAGGGAUAACAAGCAGCCUAUCAUUUAUGAAAUUUACAUUGAGAUUAUUUUAG